AUGCGGUCCGACAACGCUGUUGCAAUGGAAGCGUUGAAAAUGGAGCAAGGGCAAGAGCAGGCAAACCGUCGUGACUGGGAUAACAGGCAUAAAAGUCUGCCAAAGGCGAGUAUUGCAAGUGUUCGGGAUCCAUUGCCUCUGAUUGCUGCUACUCCUGUUGCAUCUAUUACCGGCACUAUGACAGAUCCAUAUUUCUCUUCGGCUGCUAGGAAGCGUGAGCGAGGAAAUGGUUUCUUCAAAAUGUUCUCUCGCAAGCGAAGCUCGAAUUGA